UCGUAGAGUUUCGUCGCCUUUAUUGAUCUAGUAUCGGAGUGGGGAAGUGAAGUUGUCAUUUGGAGUAAAAUUUUGUUAACGCCCACUUCGAUUUCAUCUUCAUAGGUGUAGGAGAUUUGUGCAUAAAAAUAAGUUAAUUUUAAAUAGAAUUAUAAGACAUGGAUAAUCCAAAGGCAUAUCAUUCCCAGUUCCUAACGCCUCCCAAGCUGAUAGGAAACAUGGCACUGCUUCCUAUACGCACUCAGUAUAAAGGCCCAGCUCCAAAAGACACGUCUGACUUUGACAUUAUAGAUGAAGCAAUAUACUUUUUCAAAGCCAAUAUAUUUUUUCGCAACUAUGAAAUCAAGAGUGAAGCUGACAGAACAUUGAUUUACAUCACCUUGUACAUCAGCGAGUGUUUAAAGAAACUUCAGAGGUGUUCCUCCAGGAGUCAAGGUGACAAAGAGAUGUACACCCUCGGCAUUUCCAACUUUCCCAUUCCAGGCGAGGCGGGGUUCCCACUCAAUGCCAUGUACAUAAAGCCAGCCAACAAAGCUGAGGAUGACACCAUGAGGCAGUAUCUGCAACAGCUGAGACAAGAAACUGGGGUCAGACUCUUGGACAAAGUUUUUGAUGCCACAGAUAAGCCUUCCAAGUGGUGGCUGUGUUUUGCCAAGAGGAAGUUCAUGGACAAAAGUUUAUCAGCACCCGGCUAUUAAUUUAGUCAUUAGUUCCUCAAUAUUGCUGCUCUGUCAUGUGUAGUUUUGUCAUACAUAUACACAAAAUAUGUGUAUUAAAAUAAAAACUUAGAUGAUAGUAUGACCAGUUCAUGACCAACACUAAAAAAAAAGUUUUAUUGCAACUUCCUGUGUAAGCAGCAGCAAUUUAAAAUGUAUUAUUCCUAACUAAUGUAAUAGGCUUUUUUCACAUUAUAACUAUAUAAUUUUUCUAAUGUUAUAAUGUUAUUAUUAUAACCUUCCAUUCUCAGGCAUGCGAGUCAUUGCUGAAAAUUUAAUUAUGGUCUGUAAGAAUGUUUCCAGUAAAACAGUUUAUCAUCCUUAAGUUACUAUGCUUUAUUAUUCAUCAAUUAGAAUUUUAUUAUUGUAAGAUGUUAAUUUUUUUUUUAAUGUAAUAAUUUCAAUGCCUUCUAACUGCUAGAGCAUUUGGUGUGAUUCUUUUAAAAGUGUAUGUAUGUAGUAAUUAAUUCAACAUAUUUCUUGAAAGCAUGUUGGAGAAUGAAAAAAAUAUUGAAUCAUGUUUUAGUUUUAUGCAUGUGGAAGAAGCUGCUUAUGAAAAAAAAACAUGUAUAAAACUAUCUAUCA